AUGAUCCGUAGUGGUUCGCUGUGCAUGCGCCGCGCCUGCUUCAAGACAGCGUCAAUUAUACGGCGAUGGAAAAGUGAGGAGACUGUGCCGCCCGUGCAGAAGCUUAGCGAUGAGAUCCGACGCUCGCAGGAAGAGACGCGUCGUGUGUUGCUCUUGAUCCGCACCUUCAAGCAGUAUGGCCACUAUGUCGCCCAGAUCGACCCGCUUCAGAAAAGAGAAAAGUUGCCCGAGCUCGAGCGAUGGGUCAACGGAGACCGGUGGGUCGAAACGCCCUUUUUUGACGAGUUUAACCUGCGCAGCCUCGCGUCCAAGAACCUCCUGGAACUCACGACGCACGGUUUCACGGCCAGUGACUUGGAUCGCGAGUUUUUCAUUGGCCAGGAUCUCUCCAUUGGUCCAGUUGCGACACUUCGAGAGAUUGUGACGGAGCUCCAGGAACUCUUCUGCGGACGUAUUGGGCUUGAGUAUCAGCAUUUGCGCAAUCGGGAUGCGGCGCUCUGGAUCCGUGAGCGGCUGGAAGAGUACAAGCAAUACCACUUUCGUGAUGAAGAAAAGAUCGAUAUGCUGCGCCAAAUGGUGCAAGCUGAGCUCUUUGAGCGCUUUCUUGGACGACGUUUUUCCGGAGCUAAACGCUUCUCGAUUGAAGGCGGUGAGAGCCUGAUACCUGGUCUUUGUGAGCUCCUUCAAAAUGCUAGUGACCACGGCGUGGAGGUCGUCCAGAUGGGAAUGGCUCAUCGAGGACGUCUGAACGUUCUGGCAAACGUACUACAACGACCACUGCGGUCGAUUAUUUCUCAAUUCCAGCCAUACUUGCCGGAUGAACCUGAUUACCCGAACAACUCGGACGAUGUGCGAUACCACCUCGGAACAUCGUCCGUGAUUGAGACGCGCAAUGGCAAACACCUGGAAAUUAACUUGGUGGCGAACCCGUCACACCUAGAAGCGGUGAAUCCGGUCGUGCUUGGUCAAGCGCGGGCUUGUCAGACGCAACUAGGUGAUGACGGCAGUCGAGUAAUGCCGAUUUUGAUCCAUGGAGACGCUUCGAUGUUUCAAGGGUCUGUCCGAGAGACACUGGGCUUCAGCUCACUGGAAGACUUUCGAACCGGUGGAACAAUCCAUGUGGUUGUUAAUAACCAGAUUGGCUUCACCACACUGCCGAAGAACGCAGACUCCGCCGUGUAUUGCACCGAUGUUGCGAAGGUCUCGAGAAGUCCAAUCUUUCACGUGAAUGCUGACGACCCGGAGGCAGUAGCAAAGGUGAUGAGAAUGGCAGUGGAAUUCCGUCAACUGUUUCAAUGUGAUGUGACCAUCGAUCUGGUGUGCUACCGUCGUCACGGGCAUAAUGAACAAGACUCACCGGAGAUCACAGCACCGAUUAUGUAUCACUUUAUCAACAAACACCCCACCGUGAUCAAAUUGUAUUCUCAAAAGCUUGCGAGCGAAGGCACCUUGUCAGCGGACGACUUCGCACAAAUGUGUUCUUCGUUUGAGAAUCACCUUGACUCCGAGUAUGACCACUCGCGGGAAAUGCAUUCUGGUUGGGACAAUUCUGGCGACACAUCGUGGAAAACCGAGUCGUACACGGACAAGAGCAGUCUCAACACAAAGUGUGUGACCAGUCUUUCGAGUGCAGAAGAUACUGGUCGGAAGCAAAUCUACGACCGAUCAAAGGGCGUCGAUCAGAAGUUUCUAGAGAAACUAGGCAGUCAGCUAUUUCGGAUACCACGGGGAUUUUCCGCUCAUCGGAAAGUUGAAGCCAUAAUGAAUAAUCGGCUGCGCGCAGUCGAGACUGGUGCUCGAGUCGAUUGGGCGACAGCAGAGAUGCUAGCGUUUGGCUGCCUUCUCGUUGAAGGCAUUGAUGUGCGGCUCAGCGGACAAGACUGUGAACGCGGCACCUUCAACCAACGCCACGCUGUUCUAUACGACCAAUUUGAAGCUCUGUCCGGACGCAGUUCGUCAUAUACGCCGCUGAAUAAUCUCGACAUAGGUGGAUUGAGAGAUACACUACUCAUGACCGAGCUAGAAGAUGCACCACAAGGCCGGUUUGACGUCGUGAACAGUCCUCUUAGUGAAGAGGGGGUGCUUGGCUUUGAAUAUGGCUACUCUUUGCAAACUCCAAUGGGCUUGACCAUUUGGGAAGCUCAAUUCGGUGAUUUUGCGAAUGGCGCUCAGACAAUGAUUGACACCUUCAUCACUACGGGCGAGCAGAAGUGGCAGCGACAAUCGGGUAUCGUGCUGAACUUACCACAUGGCUUCGAAGGUCAAGGACCGGAGCACAGCAGCGCACGGAUCGAGCGUUUUCUUAAUUUAGUCAAUGAAGACUGCGACGAGUUUACAACAAAACAAGAUGUUGAUGCCGCAACAACGCGAACGAACGUUCAGGUGGUCAUUCCGUCCACGCCUGCCCAAUACUUCCACGCUCUUCGUCGUCAAGUAUCUUCUAGCCAUCGGAAGCCGCUGAUCAUGUUCACCCCGAAGUCGCUACUUCAUCACCGCCCGUGCAACUCAGACUUGGUGGAUUUGACCCUGGGUACGUCAUUCCAGCGCGUGCUUCCACCACACCCCGAUGAUGUAGCCACUAUGGCGGAUGAAAACGAGAUCCGUAAGCUGGUGCUCUGCUGUGGGAAGAUUUACUUCCCGGUGCGCCAUAACAUGCGGAUUCGUGGGAUUCAUGACAUCGCCACGGCUCGAAUUGAGCAGCUCGCCCCAUUCCCUUUCCACGAAGUGGCAGAUUGCAUCGCACGAUAUCCUCACGCGAAGAUCGUGUGGGUCCAGGAAGAGCCGAAGAACAUGGGCGCGUACAGCCACGUUCUCCCGCGUUUAGUAACGAUUCUCAAGCACCUGGGCGACUCGCGCGACGUCUCAUACAUUGGACGCCCCCCGUCCGCGUCACCCGCAACUGGCCAGUACGAAGUCCAUGUUCACGAAAUGAAGACAAUCGUUGACGAGGUACUGCGUGAAAAUAGUUGA